AUGGCUUUGGUCCAAACCUUAGCCUCACAGAUACCAAACAUCAAAUUCCGACACCUAUGCAGAAAAGAUCUCAAGCAUGCCGAUGCCUUGGCAUACAUAUCAUCCAUGUUGAAAGAUGAGAAUGUUAAAGCCAUAAAGAUAAAAAGAGUGUAUGAACCUUCGAUCACCCCACGGCAGUUCUUCGCUACAAAUCGUGAAAACGAUGUAUGGGAGGACAUUGGUGACGACGAUGUGGGGGAGGACAUUGUUGAGGACUUCAUCGAAGACGACAUCAUGAUGAGGGAAAACGGAGACGAGGACUUCAACAAUGAAGAAGACUGGAGAACCGAGAUUCACCUUUAUCUGGAAGGAGGUACGCUACCAACGGAAUUGAAGAAAGCCAGAAAGAUACAAUUAAGGGCAGGGAGAUACGAUCUUCAUGAUGGAGUAUUGUACGAGAAAUCCUUUCUUGGACCACUUCUACGAUGUCUAUCCAGAGAGGAGGGGCAUCGUAUUUUGAAGGAUAUCCAUUAUGAGGACGUAGGUAACCACAGCGGAAUGAGAUCACUGGCGGAUAAAGCAAAAAUGCAGGGAUACUAUUGGCCACAAAUGAUCCGAGAUGCUGCUAGGAUGUCCAGGAGAUGCGAAGAAUGUCAGCGACAUCGUAGGCCCCCUGAUCGAAGGGUCAGGGAAAAGGAGAUUCUUGAUCGUAGCCACAGACUACUUCAGCAAGUGGGUGGAGGCCAAAGCCCUAGCUAG